CAGCUCCCGAGCAGCCCGUCAAGAGAGAGGAAAUGGCCGCCAUGGAGGUGGACGGGCAGAGCGAGUAUCUGCAGCACGGCAACAGCAGCGAUGACAGCGAGCAAGGCGGUGGUGGCGGCCAGACAGAGGAUUUGUCAUCUGUGCAGUUAUCAGGGGGGUCCAAACAGAUGGGAAGUUUUGACUCCAGCCCAAGCUGCUUUAAAAGAUGAAGCUGGAAAUAUUGUUCAGCUCCCAAGUGGUGCUACAGUAACUUCAAGUGGACAGUAUGUGUUACCAAUUCAGACUCUUCAAAAUCAGCAUCUGUUUUCUGUAGCACAAGGCUCAGACACAGCUAAUGGAACUCUGUCUAAUGUUCAAUAUCAAGUCAUACCACAGAUUCAGACAUCUGAUGGUCAGCAAGUUCAACUUGGCUUUGCCACGUCUUCUGAUAAUGGUGGGUUAGACCAAGAAUCUGGUCAGAUCCAGAUUAUUCCUGGAAACCAUUCUGCUAGCCUUUUGUCAUCAAGUCCAAAUAUACUAACACAAGCUGGUCAACUUCAACAGAUUCAAGGAGUUACAUAUGGAGGCCAAACACAAGUUGUUGCUAAUGUCCCACUUGGCUUGCCUGGUAACAUCACCUUUGUCCCUAUUAACAGUGUUGACCUAGAUUCAUUGGGUCUGUCUGGUGGCUCUGAAGCCAUGACUGGCAUUACAGCUGAUGGACACUUGAUAAGUGCAGGGCAAGCCAUAGACAGCUCUGAUGCAUCUGAAAGGACUGCAGAGCAAGAGCAUGUUUCUCCUGAUGCUGGUGAUACAAACUCUGAAACAGAUUUGUUUGUGCCAACUUCUUCAUCUCAGCUUCCUGUUACUAUAGACAGUACAGGAAUGCUCCAGCAGAGUGCGAAUAGUUUGGCUGGCAGUCCAUCUGGGCAUGUGCAAACAUCUGAUCUUCAGGGAAACUACAUUCAGAGUUCUAUUUCCGAAGACUCGCAUAAUAUUCAGGGCUCCACGUCGCAACAAAUGGUACAGCAUAUCCAACUUCAAGAUAGCCAGCAGCCGACCAGUGAAGCCCAGCUUGUGCAAAGUAUAGCACAACAGGCAAUACAAGCAGUUCAGGCUGGGGGUCAAGCCAUAUCAUCACAAGCUCUGCAAAACCUUCAGUUGCAGCUUAACCCUGGAACUUUCCUUAUUCAAGCCCAAACAGUGACUCCUUCUGGUCAGAUUGCCUGGCAGACAUUUCAAGUUCAAGGAGUUCAGAACUUGCAAAACUUACAGAUUCAGAAUUCGUCUCCUCAACAAAUAACUUUGACGCCUGUGCAGACACUUACACUUGGCCAAGUUGCUGGUGGAGGUACUCCAGUUAGUUUAAGUACUGGGCAGUUGCCAAACCUGCAGACUGUUACAGUAAACUCUGUUGACGCUGUAGGUAUUCAUUUGCAGCACGGGGAUCACUCUGACAGCCCAACAGCUAUACGGAUUAAAGAGGAAGAGCCAGAUCCAGAGGAAUGGCAGCUUACUGGUGAUUCUACAGUUAACACCAAUGAUUUAACCCAUCUGAGAGUACAAGUUGUUGAUGAUGAGCUUGACCAAUCAAAUCAAGAGGGGAAAAGGCUAAGAAGAGUAGCAUGCACUUGUCCUAACUGCAAAGAUGGAGCUGGAAGGGGUACAAACCUUGGGAAGAAAAAACAACACAUCUGUCACAUCCCAGGAUGCGCUAAAGUGUAUGGCAAGACCUCACACCUAAGAGCUCACCUUCGUUGGCAUUCGGGAGAGCGCCCUUUUGUCUGUACCUGGAUGUUUUGUGGUAAAAGGUUUACCCGAAGUGAUGAGCUGCAGCGACACAGAAGAACACAUACUGGUGAAAAGAAGUUUGUGUGUCCAGAGUGUUCCAAACGAUUUAUGCGAAGUGACCACCUUGCCAAACACAUUAAAACCCAUCAGAAUAAGAAAGGCAUGCAUGCCAGUAGUGCUGUACUGGCAUCCAUAGAAGCAAAGCCUGAUGAAACAUUGAUAACUGCCGAAGGUACAACCCUUAUCCUUGCAAACAUUCAGCAGGGAGCUGUAUCCGGCAUUGGGACUGUAAAUACCAGCAACCAAGAUCUUCUCUCCAAUUCUGAGAUUCCCUUACAACUUGUCACAGUUUCUGGAAAUGAGACAAUUGAGUAA